AUGUCUGCAUUUUCGCGCUUUAUUGCGGCGACAUCAUCCACGCUUCCACGGCAAUGUCUUACUGGUGGGGUCCUAUUCGCGACCGGCGAUACGAUCGCGCAGCAACUGGUUGAAAAACGUCGCUCCCACGACUAUCCUCGAACCUUCCGUCUGGCCCUGUACGGCGGGUGUGUCUUUAGCCCGCUCGCCUCGCUUUGGUUCGGCAAGGUUCUAGAACGCGUCCAGUUCGCCUCGAAACCCGCCAAUAUCGCCGCCAAAGUUGCGCUGGAUCAAGGUAUCGCCUCUCCGGCGUUUAUCGCGCUUUUCUUCGGUACGACCACCCUCAUGAAUGGUGGUUCCCCGCAAGAUGCAAAGAAGAAGAUCCAGGACAACUGGUGGCCAACCCUCAAAACUGCCUGGGGUCUCUGGAUCCCGGUUCAGACGAUCAACAUGGCAGUCGUCCCACCGAUGCAAAGACUGCUCUUUGUUAAUGUUGUUAGCAUUGCUUGGAACACGUUCCUCAGCAUCAAAAGUGGCGCACAACAACCAACUUCCCCCCAGACAGAACUCACUCAAAUAAGACUAGACUAG